CAGUCAAGGCACCCUUUAAAAUUAUGGACAGUCCCGAGGCACCCUUUAAAAUUAUGGACAGUCCUGAGGCACCCUUUCAAAUUAUGGACAGUCCCGAGGCACCCUUUCAAAUUAUGGACAGUCCCGAGGCACCCUUUAAAAUUAUGUACUGUUCGGAGGCACCCUUUAAAAUUAUGAACAGUCCCAAGGCACCCUUUAAAAUUAUGAACAGUCUUGAGGCACCUCAUUCUAAAGUAGGGUGCCUCAAGACUGGCCAUACUUUUAAAAGGGCACCCCAUUCUAAAAUGUGAAAAACUAUUCUAAUAGUUUUAUAUAACACAGCAACAUCCACACAUGUAGGACACCCAACAUUAGAGACUAUUUACUUUAAUAACUUCUAAAAAAAAAAACAAUAAAAUAAAACAUUUAUUUGACUAUAGUUUAGAUCAGUGUUUCUCAACCUUUUUUCAGUCAAGGUACCCUUUAAAAUUAUGGACAGUCCCAAGGCACCCUUUAAAAUGAUGGACAGUCUUGAGGCACCCCAUUCUAAAAUGGG